AGCGGUGAACUGAUAUUGGUGUUGUGUGUAUUUGAUUGACAAACGGUGUUGUGUUUACCCGGCGCUAGAGUUCAAAAAUAAUUCAUUUUUCACUUAUUUUGUAUUAAUUUGUGUAGCAACUGCUGUUAUUGAGAAACGAGUGAUUAUUUACCUUGCUUCAGACGCAUACAUUUUUUAAGAUGAGCCGAAGGAAACGCGCAAAGGUUGAGUAUAGAGAAAUGGAAGAAAAGUUCCAAAUCGAUGAAGAGAAUACGUCUGAUAAUUCAGAAAAGUCAAAAACAGGCCAAGGGACUCCAGAAAAGAAAUCUGUGGCUGAGACUAAAAAGGAAAUCGAUGCUUCUAUAAAUGCAAGUGCGUCAGCAUCAAAAGUAGAAGCAAAAGACGAAGAAGAACAAGACAGCGACCACGAAGACCCACACAUUAAAGAACUGCUGAAUGGCUUAGAAGGAGCUGCAUUCCAGAGUCGUUUACCGUUUGAAAAGCUGACUUCUACGGAAGCUGCAUGUUUUCCGGAUGUUGCAGGAGGACCUCCCCAAACUCAAAAAGUUUUCUUGCAUAUACGCAAUAGAUUGCUUCAAAUAUGGUUGGAAAAUCCAAAACAACAACUCCUUAUUGAGAACUCUCUUCCAGUAAUAGAGCCUCCUUACAACAGUGACCCAGUACUAGUACGCCGAGUUCAUGCUUUUCUAGAAAGACAUGGCUUCAUCAAUUUUGGGGUUUUUAAAAGACUUAAACCAAUACCAACAAAGAAAUUGGGAAAAGUGAUUGUUAUCGGUGCUGGGAUCGCAGGCUUAGCUGCUGCUCAACAGAUGCAACAAUUUGGUCUUGAUGUUGUUGUUUUAGAAGCCAGAGAUCGAGUUGGUGGACGUAUAGCAACAUUUCGCAAAUCUAAUUAUAUUGCUGAUCUGGGAGCAAUGGUGGUUACUGGUCUUGGAGGAAAUCCAGUUACUGUUUUAAGUAAGCAAAUAAACAUGGAGCUACAUAAGAUUAGACAAAAGUGUCCUUUGUAUGAAAGUGAUGGUCAAACGGUACCAAAAGAUAAAGACGAGAUGGUCGAAAGGGAAUUCAAUAGAUUAUUAGAAGCUACAUCUUAUCUAUCGCACCAGUUGGAUUUUAAUUAUGUUGGAAAUUCUGGUAAUGGAGGACAAGGGGGUUCCACACGACCUGUAUCCCUGGGUCAAGCAUUGGAGUGGGUCAUUCGAUUGCAGGAACAAGGGGUUAAACAAAGACAAGUGUCACAUUUGCGCUCUGUUCUCACACUGCAAGGCAGAUUGAUUGCUAAUCAGCAAAAAAUGAUUGGAAUUAAGGAACGUUUGGCUGAAUUGGAUAAGCAGUACAAGGAAAUGCUAGAAAGCAAGCAACCUAGAGAUAUAACUCAAGAAUUUGUAUUUCGCUCUAAACUACGUGAUCUGCACAACAUUUGUAAGGAAUGGGAUCAACUGUCAGAGCAGCAAACAGAAAUUGAAGCUAAGUUGCAAGAGCUUGAAGCAUCACCGCCAAGUGACGUCUACCUAUCAUCGAAGGACAGACAAAUUCUGGAUUGGCAUUUCGCGAAUCUGGAGUUCGCUAACGCUACUUCACUCUCGAACCUCAGCCUAAAGCAUUGGGAUCAGGACGACGAUUUUGAAUUCACCGGCAAUCAUCUGACAGGUAAGCGAUUGAAAUACAGCCGUCCGCUCGAGAUCGUUUUCGGAUGUGUAAGUCAGUCAUACCACCUUCUCAAUGUCACCGGGUACACAACUCUCGCUCGUAUCAGAGCGAAAUUCAUUGGACAUCGCGGGUGGGUCUUUGACAUUCGCUGUAAUAUAAGCUUAGUGGAAAAAGCACUGCGAAAUGGCUAUUCGUGCGUACCUGUAGCUCUAUCUGAAGGUCUGGACAUCCGGCUAAAUACAGCUGUGAGGGCAGUUCGCUACAGUGCCAACGGUGUUGAGGUCUACGCGGCGCCGUCGCGCUCACCCCAGACCAACAGCACAGUCUUCAAGUGUGAUGCAGUUCUGGUCACGCUGCCCCUGGGCGUACUAAAAGCGUCGACACAGCCUUCGGCAGUAGUGUUUAAUCCGCCUUUACCCGAUUGGAAGUCGCAGGCCAUACAGCGACUCGGUUUUGGUAAUCUUAACAAGGUCGUGCUCUGCUUCGAGAGGAUCUUCUGGGACCCGACUGCCAACCUCUUCGGUCACGUCGGCAGCACGACGGCCUCCCGCGGGGAGCUCUUCCUCUUUUGGAAUCUGUACAAAGCGCCGGUACUGCUGGCCCUCGUCGCCGGCGAGGCAGCUUGCGUCAUGGAGAACGUCAGCGACGAUGUUAUCGUCGGUCGCUGCAUCGCUGUACUCAAGGGCAUCUUCGGCAACCAAGUGGUACCACAGCCGCGAGAGAGUGUGGUGACGAGGUGGCGCGCGGACCCCUGGGCCCGUGGCUCCUACAGUUUCGUCGCCGUCGGCAGCUCCGGCAGCGAUUACGAUCUGCUCGCGGCGCCCGUCGCUCCCGCAGCGCCAGCCAAUCAGCCGCCAGGCUCGGCCCAGCCCCAGCCACGCGUCUUUUUUGCCGGUGAGCACACGAUACGGAAUUAUCCGGCGACGGUGCACGGCGCCUUUCUGAGCGGGCUGCGCGAGGGUGGCCGCAUCGCCGACCAGCUCUGCGGAAGCCCGUACGCUGCGCCCCCGAACAGUGCGACGGCCCCAGGCUUAUCGACGUCCGGGAGUGUGACGCCGCCAGCAUCAGCAACCCCGGGCUCCGGAAUUCCGCAGUCCAGCGCCGCGGCUGCCGCCGCGCCCUGAUGACGGGACUGCUUCUCGACGACGUAGAUGGGGAUGAGGCGCCACUGUAGCCGCGCACAACCUGCCUGCUGUCCACAACUCGCUGCUACUGCUGCGCUCACGCCCACUGACCGCAAUCAAUGCGAGAGUUUCAGUAUGUAUGUGUGUGGCUGUGAGAGAGGAAGAGAGAGAGAGCCGCGGAGGCACGCGUGUGCAUGCCUGUCCUAAUCUUCACGCGUGAACGCCGUCCUGGGCACGCGCGCGCGCCCCCAUCGCCCCCGUUUAUCGCUCUUCGCGCAAGACCCUCCUGCUCCGGCAGCUCGUCGUCGAUCUCCCUCGCGCUUUUAUUCUCGCGCCCCCCCCCCCCUCUGUCUGUCUGUCUGUCUCUCUCUCUCUCUCUCUCUCUCUCUCUCUCUCUCUCGCUCUCUCGUUGCUUCGCUUCUCUCGCCUCCUCGUUCCGUCUCUUUGUCUGCUGAAAAAUUUCUGGAUGGACACGUGAUUGCGCGGAGACGCUUGUAAUGAAGCUCCAUCAGUCAUUCAGCCGGAAAGUAUUUCUGGUGUGCGAUUUUAUUCGUUCCAAAGUGCCUUUUCAUAUGGAUUUGGAAAACCGACGUGAUUAAUCGAACCGUAAAAUCUAUACGUAAUUAAAUUAGGCUAGCCUGCUGCAUCGGAAAAUAAAUGAAAUUUCACAUCGAUAAAGUCGAUCGUGGCGUUUAAUUAAUGACAAUUGAUCACUGCGUCCGCCGUGCAGUGCGAAAUCGAACUUCCUAGAAGAGCGAUGCGCUUCAGCUUUUUGUCGCUGGCUGCUGUGAAUCGGGCCUCUGAAAAUUAAUGGUCGCCGCGCGGUGUAAGUUCAUGGUCGAGGCAGCAAGGCAGCGAGGAAGGCGAGUCGUGCGCGAUUGUUGCCCUGGAAAUUUGUAAAUUCGCUGCGUCAAAAGUUAUCUGCGACAAGCUGUGGAAAAAGGGCCGGUCCUUUGUCUUCCUCUCGCGCUGCAUUCUGUUCAUUAAACUCGGCGCGAAUUAUUCGAAUAUCAUGAUGCGCGAUUGAAAGAGAGAGAGCACAAAGGUUUUGGAGUCUGCACAAUUAUAUGCAAAUCUCAAGAGCCGGAAUUAUUCAUUACCGAAAUCACGUUAAUCCGCAUCGAUCAUUCAAUCAUAAUAAAUUCAAUGAAUUGCCGGCGAUUCAAUAAAUUCACUGCGCGAUUAAAUCAACAGUUACAAGCGUGCAGCCAGCAUUUUCGGAAAUAAUCCGAUCAAUUCGAAUGCAAUCGCAGAUUGAAUAGAUAAAAAAAGCAGUUCCAUUUAGUGUAACGAAUCGCUAGGAAUGGAUGCAAACAAAGAGAAAAUUAAAAGCCUGAAACGAACGAAAGAGGCAUAGCAGCGAGGGCGAGAGCGAGAGAGAAGGAGCCGGAAGGAAGCGAGUCCCUGCUUGCACCAGUUACGUGCCUGGAUUCUCAUUUGCGAAUCAGGCGUACGCUGGAGUAGGGGCAGAGGGAGGCGCGGAGCGAGCGGGGGUGAGCGCGUGCAUCGACCUCUUUCGACUGAUUAGCAUUAUCGACGACGAGAGGGCGAGUGUGUGUGUGUGUGCGCGCGCGCGUGCCGCAAACGCGCUUUUCCCGUUACUUUUUUCACCGCUGCCCGCCUGCGUGCACAAAUAUCAAAUAUUAAUUCGAGCUUGCGCUCGCCCUCUCCUCCAGCGCUUCGCACAGAUUUUCCGGCUCUUUGCUCAUCUUUCGCUCAUUCGAGACGUCCCUGACGUGGCGCUACGCUCAAGAUUAAUGGAGCAGCGCUCUCGCGAUUCGUCGGCCAGAUUCUUCACGCUCUGGGGGAAGCGCGCGCCGUUUGAUCGAUUCGCCGAGCGAGCUUCGGAAAAGCUGUCGCUUCGCGUCGGCCCUCGCAAGACUGAUCGCACGCAAGUCAAUUGCUCCCGCUAAACGGCAGGAGAACACAUACGCGUUGUGUGCGAACGCAAAUUUGCUCGGAUGAGGAGUUGGCGUGAGCGGGGUUGAGGAGGAGGGGGUGAACUUUUUCGAAGCUCGAAUGUUUGCACUUGCUCUGUUAUUAUACUCGUUGAAUUGCGUUGGAAGCGACAGUGACCGAUUCGCGCAUGUCGCGCAUUUAGAUAAAAGAAAAGUGUUUGUUGAAUUCGGGUGAAAUUUGUUGAUUAAAACUGUAGACAAUUCGAGAUACUGAUGGAAUUUCAGUGACGCUAGUUCCUCCCUUUUGAAGCGUUGAUUACAUGUUUGGGCCGAUCGGUGAUUAUGAGAUUAUUGCGAGACUUCCUACGGAUGUAUUUGUUUUUCAGUAAUUAUCACGUGCAUAUUACCAUUGCCAACUCAUUCCGUCGUUUCCCUAGUUUUUAAGGAAUACCUUAUGAUUAUUUGAAUUCUGUUUUUGUAAAUAUUUGCUAAUGCAAAUUGUAAUCGCCCAUGAUGAGUUCUUGUAGCAACAUUUUUACUGACUUUCGACAUAAUAUGAGCUGAAUAAAACGAACAAAUUGAUUCAUAGCAAAAA